UCUUUGAGUUGAGAAUCAGACAAACCCAUCUCUGCCGGUCGACCCGAACCAACCCGGAAUCUAUCCCGCACCAACCCCAUUUUUAAGCCCCAGAAGUCCCAGCCCCCAACCGGCCUCCGUGAAUUAUUGCCACCGCCGGCGGCGGCGACAACGACUACUUCUGAAGACGUCUGAUCUCUAAGUUUCAUCUCUUAUAGCAACUUUAAGGAAAAAAUAUUAGGUCGGAAGAUCUGCUUCCAAUCAUGACCACCUCGGACGACGAGGACGAUUUCUUGGCACACUUCCUCGAAUCAGAGGUCCUCUCCGAAGUCUCGGAUCAGGAAGAGGCGGAGGAGGCAGAGAAGGAAGAGGAGAAGGUGGAGGAGAAGGAGGAGGAGGAGCUAAAAGCGAAAAGAGUUCGUUUAAAUGAAAUUGAGAAUCCAAAGGAGAAAGAGAAAGGGAAAGAGAAAGAGAAGCAUAGUAGUAAGCCAAGGAGGAUAGAGAGUGGGAUAUUGAGCAAGAUCCCCCCUGAACUCUUCCCUCAUAUCCUCAAAUUCCUUUCUUCUGAGGAUCUUAUGGCGUGCUCUCUGGCAUGUAAAUUUCUGAAUUACGCUGCAUCUGAUGAGUCUUUAUGGCGUCGCCUGUACUGUAUGCGAUGGGGUCUAUUGCCCCCUUCCAAGAGGUUGUGUGAUUGUGUUUGGAAGAAACUCUAUAUGCAGCGUGAUGAAGAGGACAUGGUCAAGCUUGUUAGGAAUUGCCCUCCUGAGUUUAAAGAGUACUACAUGCAAAUGCAUGCAGCAAAGAGAAGUCAAGCUCCUCUUCCUUCUCAGGUGAAAGAUGAUCAGAUAAUUCUUGACAAGACAAUUGCUGAUCAGGUGUCUAUAUGGAAAAAGAGCAAAGGCCUGACUGAUAAGGUGGUCACUGACCAUACUUGUUCUGGAGAGAAGUGUUCUUACCACCAAAUUGGGGAUGUUUUUGUUUGUGAGAAGACCGGAAAUGUUCACGUGUGUGAUGAUACAUGCAGAGAAGUUGUUAUAAACCCUGUAAAUGAGCUUUUGGUCUGCACAAUUUCCGGGCUUUGUUUUGAUAGAUUAGUGUCACCAGAUGAAAUGGAGCCAUGUCCUGCGGAAGGCGCAGCAACAGAUGAAGCAGAGCCAUUCAUGGGAUCUGGUCGUUUUGCACGAGCUUACUUGUUGGGAUAUAAUUGCGACGAUGAGAAGGAGCUAGAAGCUUGUUUGAGGUUUUGCUGAUCCAAAUCUUAGUUUGCAUGAGUUGGAUGCAUAGAAUAUCAAAGAUGUCAUAACUUUGCCAUAUAAGUAAUUCAAGUGAUUAAUUUUACAGUUACAUUGUCUGUGUGUAUUGAACGCUUAGGCAACUUUCUUCUGACACUUUCUUCCUGUAGUUAUGUUGCUUUGCUGUUAUGUGGGCCGGCUUGCAUGCGCAAUAAACCUUGAGCUAAGUGAAAUUUGGGGCGUUUGGGUUUGUA